UCCCAGUCCUAUGUUUUAGCUUAGCUCUCUCUGUACUUUCUAGCUGAAGCAAAGCAAGAAGUGCAAUUAUUAUUAUUUCAUUUUGUUUUAUUUCUGUUUCUUUAGAUUUUAGGAAGAUGUUGGGAGUGUUUAGCAGCGCAAUUGUCUCCCCGCCGGACGAGCUGGUAGCAGCGGGAUCCCGGACGCCGUCUCCGAAGAUAACGUCGGAUGCUCUGGUGAAGCGAUUCCUUGACACCAAUCCUUCUGCUGUGUCUUUACAGAUCGGAGAUAACGCGCAGUUGGCUUACACUCACCACAGCGAGUCCUUGCUGCAGCCCAGAUCAUUUGCAGUUAAGGAUGACAUCUUUUGCUUGUUCGAAGGAGCAUUAGACAACUUGGGAAGUCUAAAGCAACAAUAUGGUCUAGCCAAGUCUGCAAAUGAGGUGGUUCUGGUCAUUGAGGCAUACAAGGCCCUUCGUGACAGGGCACCUUAUCCUCCAAACCAUGUUGUUGGUCACCUUAGUGGGAGCUUUGCUUUCAUUGUCUUUGACAAUUCUACCUCAACUUUGUUCGUGGCUUCUGAUCAAUUUGGUAAGGUUCCUCUAUAUUGGGGAAUCACUGCUGACGGAUACGUAGCUUUUGCUGACAAUAUCGAAUUGCUUAAGGGUGCUUGUGGCAAGUCACUUGCUUCUUUCCCUCAAGGAUGCUUCUACUCAACAGCAGUUGGAGAACUGAGAAGCUUUGAGAAUCCAAAGCACAAGGUCACUGCUGUUCCUGCUAAAGAGGAAGAGAUCUGGGGUGCUACUUUCAAGGUGGAAGGGCCAGCAGUUCUUGCAGCCAGAGAGUAGAGAACGUUUUAUUUUAUAUAUGGAGGAGUGGGGUUUAAGAUGAGGAGGCUGCUGUACACUCGGCAAAAGGGGCCAUGUGAAUACCAGAGUACUGCGACUAUUUGGUAGAAUGUAGUAAUGCAUAAUUAGUAUGGUUGUGAAAAGCAGUUAUGGCUUCUUUGUAGUAGGUGACUAGAUUUAUCCUAAGGCUGCUGUUUCUCUAUGUACAGCUGUGUUUUCCUUUUUCCUUUUUUGUUUAAUAAAACUUUGUUUGUUAUCUUGA